AUGGAGAUCGCUGAUGGACAGGAAAAGUGCCCUUACUGCAAAUCCAUAAAAACAGGUUGGCGUUGGGGUGCGGGCGGCAAACAGGUUCUGAGAGCCUGGGGCAAAGAUGGGGCAGUUCAGAGCGGCAGGUCUGAGAAAGCCAUUACUUUGCUUGUCCUAGGAGCUAUCUGGGCAGGCUGCCCCUUUCCCGACCUUCCUAGCAGUGCAGGGAAGGUGGGAGCUUCACCUGCAGCAACAGAGAAGCGGGAGUGGUCCAUGGACCCGCCAGAGGACCCGGCUAGUGGUUCCACUGCACAGAUGUACCUCUGGGAGCAGCCUGAGGGACUGAAUUCAGGACCACUGCUCAGUCUAGAGGAACAAAUCCUUAACUCCACAUUUGAAGCCUGUGAUCCUCACAAGACAGGCACUGUGGCUGUGACACACCUCCUGGCCUACCUGGAGGCUGUGACGGGGCAGGGUCCCCAGGAUGUGCGCCUCCAAACACUGGCCCGAAGUUUGGACCCUUAUGGGGAAGGUGCUGGAGCUACUGUGCAGUUGGACACCUUUCUGGUAGUCAUGCGGGACUGGAUUGCAGCCUGUCAAUUGCAUGGGGGAUUAGAGCGGGCAGAGGAGACCGCCUUCGGGGGAGCCAUGGCUUCUCCACACCUGCCAUCUGCAUGCCCAGAAGCAGAGGAGCCAGCCAACCUAGAGAGCUUUGGAGGAGAAGACCCCAGGCCUGAGGGGCCUGCCACCGCGGAGCUGCUGAGCAGCCUGGAGGACCUAGAGCUCAGCAACCGCCGCCUUGCUGGGGAGAACGCCAAGCUGCAGCACAGCGUGGAGACCGCUGAGGAGGGUUCAGCGCGCCUAGGGGAGGAAAUUGCAGCCCUGCGCAAGCAGCUGCGGAGCACCCAACAGGCCCUGCAGGUGGCCAAGGCUAUGGAUGAGGAGCUAGAGGACCUGAAGUCUCUGGCCAAGAGCCUGGAAGAGCAAAACCGAAGCUUAAUGGCCCAGGCCCGGCACACUGAGAAGGAGCAGCAGCACCUGGCGGCUGAGGUGGAGACUCUACAGGAGGAGAACGGGAAGCUGCUAGCAGAGCGAGAUGGAGUGAAGAGGCGGAGUGAGGAGCUGGCCAUAGAGAAAGAUGCUUUGAAGCGGCAGCUCUGUGAGUGUGAACAACUCAUUUGCCAGCGCGAAGCUGUCCUGUCAGAGCGUACCCGCCAUGCGGAAAGUCUGGCCCAGACGCUAGAGGAGUAUAGAGCCACCACCCAGGAACUAAGGCAAGAAAUCUCGAACCUGGAGGAGCAGUUGAGUCUGAGCCAGGAAGGCCCAGAACAGCUCCUGGAAGCAGCUGAGGCAGGAAGAGGAGGCUGGGCCACGGCACUGCCCCCAUCCCUGGACUGGGAGAUCCAGGCUAUCUGGCAGGAGAGGGAUGCAUCGGGUGCCAGCCUCUCCAGUCCUCUGUGUGGAGUGUGGCGGUGGGAGGAGGCUGAGUUUCCCUCCGAGGACCCCGCUAGGGAACAGAGACACUUCCAGAGAGAGGCAGUGUCCAGAGAAGGAAGUAGAGCAUCAUCUUUAAGGUUGUCCAGAAGACAGGAAGAGCAUGAAGAAGAGGAGAGCUGGACCCUGAUUGACCCCUCCAGCCCUCUGGGAACCCCUCGCCAUGAGCGUGUCCCAGGAAGCUCUCCUGAGAGCUGUCAAGAAGUGCCGGAGGUGCAACAAGCCCUCGUGCCUGUGGUGAGAGACCUGGUGCCAGUCGGAAGGCCCUGGGCCCGGCACUGCCCGUGCCCCCAGCGCCCCCCAGGGCUUAGAGUCAGCCAGCACCCGCUGGUCCCCACACCCAUCUUGGGCCUGCUGCUGCUGCUGCUGUCCAUCCUGUUGCUCAGCCAGUCACCGACGCCCUCUUGGCCACACCUGCAGCUCUACUACCUACAGCCCCCACCAGUGUGA